GGAAAUAUAAGUUUGCAGAGCUGAAUUCAACGGAUAUUCUGCAAAAACAAAACGCUUGCUUUUGGUUGGCAGUGCACCAAGGUUCUAGCAUAUGUCUCCAUCGACAAGGAUGCAGGAGAUGUGAAGAAAAUUUGGCCUUGGUCUCUCUGUUGCAACUUGCAAGGCUCAAUUAUAUAAUAUUAGAGCAAUCAAUUAUAAGAGCAAUGGUAGUUGGUGGGCGAAGGAAUACUGUCUGCUUUCUUGCUACCUUUCUAUCUCCAUUUCUAAUAUCAUUGCUUCUGACAAAUGUUGAAGCUUUUGGUUAUCCAUCAACUGUGAUGCCACCCGUCUCUUGGACUAACGUCGUCCCAACUGACUUUAGUUUUUGGGAAUCAGCAGGGGUGAGACCUAUCUUGGUUAAUGGGAGUUUUGUUUGUGGCUUCCACUGCAAAUUUGAAGGAACCGCCUGCCUCUUUGCUAUUUCUAUCUUCCCAUCUAGUCUUGAUAGCAACUCCAGCUUUUCUACACAAAUGGUAUGGUCUGCUAAUCGAAACAAGCCGAUUGGACUUGGAGCAAAAUUACAAUUUUCUCAAGAAGGGGAUUUAACACUGCAAGAUGAUCAUGGCACUCUAGUUUGGUCUACAAACACAACAGGGUCAGAUGCCACACUAGACUAUUACCAAUCCUUUGAUUCUCAAAGAAAGAAAAUGUCGCAGUUUUAUGCUGAAUUCAGUGACACUAAUUUUGCGGGAGGAGGAUGCAAUUGCCCAGAACCAGAUGAAAACAAUACAGCGCACUUCAAGAUGAUUAAUUCUGAUCAGCCAAAUCUUGGGUGUUCUCCUAAUGUACCAGUAUCUUGUAAGUCUUCUUCCCAUGAAAGUCUUCUGGAGAUCAGGAAUGUUUCUAGCUCUGCUCGCUACCUUCCAGAUAAUUCUAAUAUAACGGACAUUGAGAGCUGCAAGCAAGCCUGUUUAAGCAACUGUUUUUGCAAGUAUGCUGUUUUUCAAGGCUAUGAUUUUCGUUUUGAACCAUCUGCCUUUUGCUUCUUUGGAUUUGAACCUUUGUCAUUCAAAAGAGAAGGGCGUGCAUGGUACAAUUCAUCUGUCUUUUUAAAGGUGCAGAGUUCAAUCGCAGUGCAGAGCUCUCCAGGACAUUUUCCACAAAGAAAGAAAAGAAGCAAUAUGGGAGUUAUACUUGCAAUCACUCUUGGAGCCACUUUUAUGGGGUUUCUUAUCUCCACUGUCUUUUUACUACAAAUUAAAAAGGAUCCAAAGGAUGUUGAGGAGGAUUAUCUGGGUCACAUCUCAGGAACACCCACGAGAUUUUCUUAUGAAGAGUUAAAGAUUGCAACCAACAACUUUAGCAACAAGCUAGGUGAGGGAGGAUUCGGUUGUGUUUUUCGAGGAACAUUACCUUGUGGUGCUCAAAUUGCAGUGAAAUGCCUUGAUGGUUUUGGUCCUGUAAAGAAGUCAUUUAUAGCUGAGGUUGAGACCAUAGGAAGCAUUCACCAUUUCAACUUGGUGCGACUGGUUGGGUUCUGUGCUGAGAAAUCACGUAUGCUUUUGGUUUAUGAGUACAUGUGUAACGGGUCGUUGGAUCAGUGGAUCUUCUGCAAAGACAAAGCGCUUGCUCUUGGUUGGCAAUGCAGAAGGAAGAUCAUUCGAGAGAUAGCCAAUGGUCUAGCAUAUCUCCAUGGGGGAUGCUGGCAGAAAAUAAUUCACUUGGAUAUCAAACCCCAAAACAUCCUUUUGGAUGAAAAUUUCAAUGCCAAGGUUUCUGAUUUCGGGUUGUCUAAGCUAGUAGGGAGAGAGCAAAGCCAAAUUGUGGCAACAAUGAGGGGAACACCGGGUUAUAUGGCCCCAGAAUGGUUGAACUCAAUAAUCACAGAAAAAGUAGAUGUAUACAGCUUUGGCAUUGUUGUUCUGGAAAUUUUAUGUGGUAGAAAAAAUGUUGAUCGAUCUUUCCCGGAAGAGGAUGCCCAUUUGGUGAGCCUUUUUAAGAGAAAGGUUGAGGAUGGUCAAUUUCUGGAUCUAGUGGAUAAGUACAAUGAGGAGAUGCAAUCAAAUGCAGUAGAGGUAGUGGAGAUGAUGAAAGUUGCGGCAUGGUGUCUGCAAGGUGAAUAUGCUAAGAGGCCUUCAAUGUCCAUCAUAGUGAAGUUCCUAGAGGGCAAAAUGGAUGAUGAAACCGAAUAUGAUUUCUCAAAUCCACCACCACCGGCAGAAGUUGAAACUCACGGACACCAAAUGGAUGCAGCUGCAAUUACUGCCUCUCCAUUAAUUCCAUCUAUUUUAUCUGGUCCAAGGUGAUGAUAUGGGGGAAGAGAAGAGACUUAACACGUGCUGCCAUGUGUUUGCUCGAUCAACUUCAUUUCUUCCUUCCAAAUGUUAAGCAAUUGAGAAAGACUUGACCACUCAAUUAGCAGAUCCAGGGUUAGAGAUUGACGCUGAGAGAGAAACCGAUGGAUAAGCUAAUUUCUUUCCUUGUGUGUGUGGUUUUUGGUUUUUUGGUCCAUUACAAAUUUGUCAUUUUACAUUGAACGGAAAACAGUUGGCAGCACUUCUGUUUUAGUUUCUGUGUGUAAUGUAGUACUAUUAGCUACUUCAGCUUCAUACUGGUGUUGCACCUCU